AGGUGCAAGCCAAGAAUUUGUAUAAUGGUGAAAAACCAGAGAGGAAGUCUAUCUGAACAAGCUUGUCCUAUAUUCUGUAUCCUCAAGUAUUCUCUCUUCAUGUGAAAUUUAGAAACUUGAAAUUUCCCACUGUUGGGCAAGUGGCUUUCUGCUACCUUUUCACCUCGUGCAAGCACAAGCACGAUCUUCUUCCACCGCAAGAAUCACCUUUUCCCCCUUUUUUUGACAAAUUAGUUUAUAUGCUCCAGAAUGGAAUUAUGUUAAGUAAUUUUUAAUUCUGGGUUCCUCAUUUUUUCCCAGUGAAGCUUGUGGAUUUGUUUUAUUCUAUACUUCGCGGGAAUAGAUGCUUAUUGCCUUUUCGGACUUUCCCCCUCAAAAGGUGUUAUGUGGCAGUUUUCUUUUGAAUUUACUAUGGCCCUUGUCUCAAGAUAAUCAACCUAUUGUUCUUCAGUAGUGUCAAAAUUGUUUCUUGAGAAUUUUUUGACAUCUCUUGGGAGGUCCAACGGACUUCAACCCCACGUCACCACGUCAUGAUUCUUUGUUUGUGGGUUCUGAGCUUUUAACAUCACAAUUCCCUUGUAAGCUUCCAUAUAUUAUUUUUUUCUAAUCAGCAAUGAAAUUGUGUAUAAUGGUAUUGGCACUUUCAUCUUUCCUUCCAUUCGGUGGGGUGUUUUCAGCAAAUGAUUCAACAGGUUCUGAUGUUGUCAACAUUGGAGCCAUUUUCGCAUUUAGCACAAUCAACGGGAGGGUUGCGAAAAUCGCAAUGAAUGCUGCCGUCGAAGAUGUGAACUCUGAUCCUAAAUUCCUUGGUGGCAGAAAAUUAACCCUCUCCUCAUACGAUUCAAAUUACAGUGGCUUUCUUAGCAUUAUUGGAGGAUUGCGGUUCAUGGAGACCGACACAGUAGCAAUAAUCGGGCCCCAGGUCUCGGGCACGGCCCUCAUACUCUCCCACCUGGCAAACGAGCUCCACGUGCCAAUGCUUUCAUUCACGGCCCUUGACCCUGCCCUUUCCUCCCUUCAAUUCCCCUACUUCAUUCAAACGGCCCCCAACGAUCUCCAGCAGAUGACUGCCAUAGCCGACCUCGUGAGCUUCUUGGGCUACAAAGAAGUCGUGGCCAUCUACACAGACGAUGACCAGAGCCGAGGCACCAUAUCUGCCUUGAGCGACAAGCUAGCCGGAAGGCGCUGCAAAAUCUCCCACAAGGCCGUGCUCUCGCCCGAGGCCCUGGCCAAUAGUUCCGAGAUCGUGACCGAGCUCGUGAAAGUCUCGAUGGUCGAAUCUCGCGUGAUCGUGGUCCAUGCGUACGCUGUUGUUGGGCUUCGGGUCUUGGGCUUGGCCCAUGAGCUGCGGAUGAUGUCACGCGGCUAUGUAUGGAUCGCGACAGCCUGGCUCUCGACCGUUAUCGAGUCGGACCCCAAUUUUGGACAGAAGGACGCGGGAUUCAUGCAGGGGGUUAUUGCUUUGCGGCCCCACACGCCGGAUUCCAAGCGUAAAAGGGCGUUUUCAUCAAAAUGGGGAAAAUUGAGCAACGGGUCGAUUGGGCUGACCGCGUACGGUUUUUACGCGUACGAUACGGUUUGGACGGUUGCGAAUGCGGUUAAGCUGUUUCUCGAGCGCGGUGGGAAUAUCUCGUUCACAAACAGGCCGAAUAUGAAUGGGUUGGGAAGGGGAAAGUUGAAUCUUGCUGCCUUGAGUAGGUUUGAUGGGGGGAAUCGAGUUCUUGAAUACAUACUGAGGACGAAUAUGACGGGCUUAACGGGCCGGGUUGCGUUCAAUGAAGAUAAAUCUGUGGUUCGGCCCGCUUUUGAUAUUCUGAAUGUGGUUGGGAAAGGUUACAGACAGGUAGGAUACUGGUCGAAUUAUUCGGGCCUCUCGGUUAUGCCUCCAGAGGUUUUUUACGACAAGAAGGCUAACCGGUCCAGCUCUAGCCAAGUUCUUGGGGAAAUCGUAUGGCCUGGUCAAACGAAGGUCAAACCGAGGGGUUGGGUUUUCCCGCACAAUGGAAGGAAGUUGAGGAUCGGUGUUCCGAACAGAUUCAGCUUCAAGGCUUUUGUGUCGAGAGAUGAGAGUACGAACGAGAUUCGUGGGUAUUGCAUUGAUAUAUUCCAAGCGGCCGUAAGCUUGCUGCCUUAUGCUGUUCCUCACACGUUUGUCUUGUUCGGGGACAAACGCAUGAAUCCGAGUUACGGGAAGCUCGUGAGCAUGAUCACGUCUAAUGUCUUUGAUGCAGUAGUUGGUGAUGUUGCGAUUGUGACCGAGCGGACAAGGAUUGUGGAUUUUACUCAGCCUUAUAUAGAGUCGGGCCUGGUUGUGGUUACAGCUGCGAGGAAGUUGGACUCGAGCGCGUGGGCAUUUAUGCGGCCGUUUACUCCUUUGAUGUGGGCUGUUACGGGCCUGCUCUUCCUAGUUGUUGGGGUGGUGAUUUGGAUCUUGGAACACAGGAUAAACGACGAGUUCCGAGAAAACACGAUGAGCACGCUUGGGCGCAUGGUCCUAAUCCUCUGGCUCUUUGUGGUCCUAAUUGUCACGUCUAGCUACACAGCCAGCUUAACCUCGAUCCUCACUGUCCAGCAGCUGGCUCCUUCCAUUCAAGGGAUUGAAUCCUUGAUCUCGAGCAAUGACCGAAUAGGGUUCCAAGUUGGCUCGUUUGCCGAGAACUAUUUGGCAGACGAGCUCAACAUUGCUCGAUCGAGGCUUGUCCCGCUUGGCUCCCCUGAAGCCUAUGCGGAUGCUCUCAACAGUGGGAGAGUUGCUGCUGUUGCAUUCCCUAGAGACUCCCCGCUCGCCACCGACAUGUCGACUGCUAUCCUAACCCUAUCCGAAAAUGGGGAGCUCCAAAAGAUGCGCAAGAAGUGGCUCAGCUCACAAGCCUGCACCCAACAAGGCUCGGACUCAGGCUCGGAUUCGGACCAGCUUCAACUCAAGAGCUUCUGGGGCCUCUUCCUAAUAUGCGGGAUUGCCUGCUUUUUGGCUUUGUUAGUCUAUUUCGGCACAAUGGUACGCGAGUUCAAGCGGUACAUUCCUCAUAUAUCCGAACCCUCCACGCCAAGCAGCUCAAAAUCCAUGCAGAUCAAGAGAUUCUUGUCGUUUGUGGACGAGAAGGAGGAGGAGUUGAAGAACAAGCUCAAGAGGAAACGAAUGGAAGUGGUGUCAAAUGGGAACCAAAGGACGAUUUAUUAAGGAGGGAGGCAAAGGGAUGGGAAUGAAAAUCAGAAACCUGUAGAGAUAUAUGUGGAGCUUCUGUUAUGUUGCUUAAGGGGGAAAAAAAAAAGAAUGUAUAUGUUAUACUGAUAUAGUCUUCUGCAAUUUUAGUGUUGCACAAGUGUUGUGCCACAGGUCCAAAGAUAUAUGGUAAAUAUGCACCUCAGAGUUUUAAACUUGAUUGAGCUCUUGGGUUUUGGUAUAAUCCCGAAUUUAUCAACAUGACAUUCAUCAUUUUUUUUAAAAGUUCAAGUCUUGCAUUCAACAUCACCAUUUGACUAUGGAGAACAAGGGCCGUUGUUUG